AUGUCCUUCAGGGCCAAUCCAAGGUUGACCAUUACCACGGUAAUUCGUGGUUUGGCCCCGAAUUACCGUGGGCCAAACCACCACCGUGUCAACCCCGCCGGGCCCCAAAGCUCUGGUGGCGCCGGUCAGGAAGAAAUGAACUACCUGAACUACCUGAGAGAGCAUAACCAUAAUAUGAGCAUUCGAAUCCAGGAGCUCAUCGCUGAGAACCAGCAGUACUCCCAGAAGAUGGUGAGCUGUGAGGCCAAGAUCGAGCAGCUGGAAGAGAUUCUGCUGGACAAAAAGAAGGAAAUAGAGCAUGAACGCCAGCAGAACGAGGAAAGAAUGUCGGCCCUGGAAGUGCAGCUCGGAGAACGCAAGGAGGCCGAAGAAGAGCAGCUGAAACUGAAAGACGGAGAGAUCCUGAAUCUCAAAAAUGAGAUCCAGAGUCUGUCUGCUGCUCUGAAAGCCUCCCAGAACCUGCAGAGAGAUGAAGACAAAUCUCUGGAGGUCCGUAAUGAGCUGCAGGAGCAGAAAAAGGCCCUCGAUGAAGAACGACAAGAGGCUGAGAAAGCCAAGAAAGAGUUCGAGCAGAAAACAAAAGAUCUGCAUGAGGAAAGGGUCUUUCUGGAAAAGCAACAGAAAGAACUCCAGGUAAACCAGGAAAAGCUCGAGCAGAAAGCAAAAGAUGUGCAUGACGAAUGGGUCUUUCUGGAAAACUACAAAAACAAAGAGCUUCAAGAAGGAAAGAUGCGUCUGGAGAAGCAGAGAAAAGAAGUCCAGACACAAAAGAGAGAACUCCAGGAGCAGAGAGAAGCCUUGGAGAGAAACUUGAAACAGAUGGAGAAAGAACUUCAAGCUGAGAAGAAAGAACUUGAAGACAUUCGAAAAGUUCUAGAAGCUCAGACUGUUGGAGUUAAGAAAGAAACGACAGAAAUGGAGGUGAAGAAUGAGAAUCUGCAGAAGGAGAACCAAGAACUGAAGCAGCAGAAAACAGAAACAGAAGACAGAAAUAAAGAGCUGCAAGAAGACAAGGUGGAGCUGCAGGAGGAGAUUACAGACCUGGAGGUGAAGCAGCAAGAAAAUGACCAACAGAAACCGAAAAGAAAGAAGGUGGGCUGCUGGAGCUGGCUGUUCAGGAAGUCCCGAGAUAGACGAGACUCAUGA